AUGAAUCGAAGUUUUAGGGCACAAGAGUCGUCUUCGUCUCUAUUGCUGGAUUCAGCAGAGAGGCAGAGACAACAGCUUAGGGCUUCUAUGAUGGCUGAUAAAGAUGAGGAGCUUUCUUUGUUUCUUGAGAUGAGACGGCGUGAGAAAGAGCAGGAUAAUAGUCUCCUUCUCAACAACAACCCUCAUGAGUUCGACACUCCGUUAGGUUCAAAGCCUGGAACUUCACCGGUGUUUAACCUCUCAAGUGGUGGUGGUCCGGCAGGAAGGAAGACUGGUACUCCUCUAUUCCCUUCUCUGGAGAUGGAAUCACAUAGGACUAUGAUGAGUCAGAGUGGUGAUUCAAAGGGCCGCCCAGCUACAUUGUCUUCUAGGCUGGCGAAUUCCUCAUCAGAUCCUGCUGCAAGGAACCAUCUAACAUCUAGACAACCAACCUCAUCGCCUGGAUUAAGCUCUUCUAGUGGAGCAACUCGGAGACCUUCAUCAGCUGCUUAUUUUGACAACAGAUUUGCAGCAUAUGCUGCAGUCACAUGCAGUCCUUCUACAUCAUCAGUUCCAUCUUCAGUCAGGUCCACAACAUCAAACCCUGCAUAA